AAGUAAUUUUUGGCAUCUAUAAUAUUUUUAGUUAUAGAGUUAUGUAUAUGUUUUAGUGCGAGUUAAUAAAUAGUAGUGAAUUUCAUUAAAGUAUACGGAAGUUGACUAGAACCAUAGGAUUAUAAAAGAAUAUGUUUUUUGAUCUAUUUUAAAGAUUUGUUUCCAUUUUUAAGAAUCAUUCAUAGUGCUUAGUUGAAUAUUCACAGGUUACCACAUGCUUCUCCUGUCUUUUGGUCACUUUUCAUUACAAAGAUUUCACCUUUUUAACCCAAAAAUUUCCAACUAAAUAAGGAGCAGGAGAGUUUUUGAGUUAUUUGUCAAGUUCUGAAACAUAUACAAAGUCAAAUAUCAAGCGGGGUUUUUGGGUUUUGGUUUAUUAUGAAUUCUUGAUUUUCUUUUUGAAUAUGAUCAUGACUUCGCUGUUUUGAUCUUAUUUGCUUAUAUGGGGUUUUCAUUUUUCAGGUGCAGAGAUAGCAGGUUGACUCUUGGUAUUCAUUUUCCUUGUCAAAUUUGGAAGCUUUUGCAAGUCAAAUUCAAUGUAUCCAAGGGUUAAGGUGAGGCAACAGAAAGAAGAAGAUGAUCAGUAUGGUUAUGAGUCUUUGCCAUCUUUGAAGGCUUUUGAAUCCCUUUCCAUAAGUAACUUCUCUUCUUCAGAUGAUUCUCCUACAUCAGUUGUGAGGAUUCCCCGAGCAUGUAUUUUAAGCCCAGACAGACAUGGACUUCCAUCGUCGAGAGGGAGAAGCAAGGAUAAUAACCAAAAUAUUUUUGGUGGAACCAAAACUAAUGCAAGAGCCUCUUCAGUCCCACGACCACGUGCAGUCUUAUCAAGCCCGGAUAAUGAUCAAAUGAUAAGCAUGAGGAGCAAGACGAAAGCAGAAGUAAUUUCAGGCUUGAAGAAUCACAAUUCAUGUCAAAAUAGACAUCAUAUCAAGUGCAAAAUUUUUCCAAAAUCAAUUCAAGAUUCAUGUCAUACGAGUGGAAAUAAGGGCUCAAAAGAGACGGAUGAUGGGAAACUUGAUUCUCGAGCAAGAACAAGGCUUGUUAAAGGUGAUCCAAGUCGAAGAACACACCUUCAGGAAGGAGAUCAACAUUCUGUUCGUUCAAAAAUAAAACCGUGAGCAGUCCAUUUUGGCCGUCAACUCAAUUCUAGCCCUUCAUAUACUAAUUCUAAAAGUUUUCCGGAGUGACUCUAUGCCACUUGACCAAAAUUAUAACUGAAUUCGAAACUCUUCAAAGAGAAAGCUUGUUGAGGUGAUUGUUUUUAUGAAAAGACCCAUCCUCUGUGCAAAAACUUCUCCGUUUUCAGACUCGUGUUUUGCCUCUUAUGUUCUGCGUGACUACAUCGUUGUCUAGCUACAAGAGCAUCAUCAUCCAAUGAUCUCUCUUUGCCCGUGAAAAGGUAUGUUUGAUCGGUUUGACCUUUAGCAUCAACGUGAGUGGCAGAACUUUCAUGUUUUCGUGGCUCCUUUAUCGAUUGAUUCUGUUGAUUCGACUUCGACUGAUGGUUUAUCGAGUCUUGUCCCUGAUGUUAUGUUUGUUGUACCUUUAUACAGGCAAAUGUGAUAUUAAGUUGCAGAAUAUAUCAAUGUAACUAUUCGUUUUUACAGAUGUAACUUAUCUUGUCUGAGGGAAACUAUAACAACUAGUCAUUGAACUUCUUUCGGAGUUUGCUAUGUGUGAAGUUGAGAUUUACUUGUAAUUACC